CAGUCCUUAAAUACUGCAGCAACUCCACCGAGCACCUCACUGAUUUCUUCUACAAACUGAGGAAAGAAGAUUCUUGAACAACAUGUCUGGAAGAGGCAAAACUGGUGGAAAAGCCCGCGCCAAGGCCAAGACUCGCAGCUCCCGCGCUGGUCUUCAGUUCCCCGUCGGCCGUGUGCAUCGUCUCCUGCGAAAAGGCAACUAUGCUGAGAGAGUAGGUGCUGGUGCUCCCGUGUACCUGGCUGCAGUCCUCGAGUACCUCACCGCUGAGAUUCUCGAGUUGGCGGGAAACGCUGCAAGAGACAACAAGAAGACUCGUAUCAUCCCUCGUCAUCUUCAGCUGGCUGUCCGAAACGAUGAGGAGCUGAACAAACUGCUCGGCGGAGUGACCAUCGCCCAGGGUGGUGUUCUUCCCAACAUCCAGGCCGUCCUUCUGCCCAAGAAAACUGGCCAGGCUGUUGCCAGUUCUGGCAAAUCUGGAAAGAAGGGAUCGUCCCAGUCACAGGAGUAUUAAAAGCUGCGAUGUCCUGAGAUAACUCACCCAAAGGCCCUUUUAAGGGCCACCCCACUCGUCUGAAAAGAGCCAAUUCAUGUCUGAAUGUAAUGUAGCCUGUAUUAUUGAUCUGCCUUUUUACUUAUUAAAAUGUCUUUUUAUA